CGCCCACUUACUGAUGCAUUGUGGUUAAAGUGAGAGAAGGUCAUCACCACUCGUCCUUCCUGAAGCGGGGAUCGAAACCCGUCGAACUCCUCAAAAUGCCGUUUGAAUCGGGUGAAGACAGGAUUGUAUUCAAGAGAAGCCUAGCGCCAGAUCUCUUCUCCACACCUGACGGUGAGGAUAUACUGAUGAAAAGCCUGCAGAGCAGCGCCUUUGGUGCUUAUGUCGGUGUGGGUUUUGGAGUGAUAGAUUCCCUGAGGACGUUGACUCACUUUACACCAACUAAUAUUGGAAUGAAGGUUGUCGGCUUGUCUGGUCCACUGGCUGCCAUAGGUGCUGCCUACCCAGCUAUAACAGGAAUCGUGGCCAAUAUCAGAAAGAAAGAUGACCCAUUAAACCAUGUUGUCGGUGGUUUUGUUGCUGGUUCCAUUUGGGGUGUGAGAUACAAGAACCCAGCCACAGGUUGGGUGGCCGCCUUUCUUUUUGCUGGUUUCUGUUGUAUCAACAAAAUCUGUCACGAAAACGGUGUCAAGUUCUACCCGAGCAGUGUCUACAAUACACCAAGCACCACUUUGGAUUUUGACCAUUACAGACGCAGCUUCUUAGUCACAAGAAGUCCUGUAGUUGGUAAAGAAGAUGAUUAAUUGUAGCCACCUGUUUAAUUAAUUAAAAUUGGAUUUUUUUUCUUUUUUUUUUUCCAGGUAGAUAUAUAUUUCUGUAUAUAAACUUGAUUUUCAAAUAAAAUCUUUUUAUCAUCUG